UUAGCCAUAGCCAAAGUCUACAGAGCUUAAUGAACUCAGACACAGUUAAAAUUGGCAUCGAAACAGAAGCUGUGAAGCUUCACAUGAAAUUUUACACUUUCAGUACUGAAUAUAUUUUAUGCAUGUAUCCACAACCAAAUCAAAAAAAAAAUUCAUGACAGAAUUAGAACUAGAAAAACAAUUAGCUCUAUAUUCUUUCAUCACUUGAGCCCAUUACCCAAAUCCACUUCUUCUUUUUCCACUUACAUUUCACACCAAUUCUUCUAAGCUUCUUCCUCAAAACAAAGAGUGAAGAAAUUCAUUCUAUGAUGUCAGUAUCAUCUUUAUACCAAAACUAACUAAAGACAAAUAAAAACAACUACAAUUUCUUUGAUGACCAUAGAUGCAAAUUUUUUUAACAAAAUACUUACAAACCAAACACAGGAACACAUUAAGGAAAGCUUACAUUAUGACCAAUUGGGCUUUGUCCCAGAAAGUCAAGGUUGGUUCAAUAAGCAUAAAUCAAUGUAUGUACUACACCAUAUAAACAAACUCAAUGACAGAAGCAAUGUAAUUAUUUUAAUUGACACUGGAAAGGCAUUUGACAAAGUUCAACAUGCUUUUGUGAUAAAAAGCUCCAAAGAUUUUAGGAGUGUAUGAAAUACUCUUCAAAAUGGUAAAGGUUCUGUCCAGCAAACCUUUACCAACAUUAUAUUAAAUAGAGACAAACUGAGAGCAUUUCCUGUACAAUCAGGAAUAAGGUAAGGUAUCCGCCCUACUCUCUUUAUUUAGUAUAAUGUUCAAAAUCUUAGCUACAGCAGUGAGAUGAGAAAGACAUAGAAGGGGAGAUAGGAAGAGAAGACGCCAACCUAGCCCUGCUUCCAGAUGGCACAAUUCUCUCCUUCUCUUUAUUUGGUCUAUUAGAAAACCCUUGGGCCUAAUAAGCAUAGUGAAGUUGUGGGAGAGAAAAAAAAUCAAUACAUAUAAAACAUUAGCCUUCAUUUAUACUAAUAGUCUACUCUCUGAUAAGUAAAUUAGAAAUAAUAUUGCAUUCAAGUUAAUUCCCUCAAAAUAGAGUAUUUAGGAAUAACCAAAGAGGUGACGGUCUCUGCAAUGAAAGAUAUUGAAAAAGAAAAUCACAGAAGGUAUUAAAAGAUGGGAAAAUAUUCCAUAUUCCUGAAUAUUUCUGAAUAUUAAUUCACAGAAUUAAUACUGUGAAAAUGUUUAUGCUGCCAAGUUAAUAUACAGAAUUAAUGCAAUAGCUAUCAAAUUAUCAUGUCAUAUUUUACUGGUCUAGAAAAAAGUAUUUAUAUAGAACCAGAAAACACCACAAAUAGUUGAAGCAAUCCUAAGGAAUAAGAACCAUACCAGAGUUACAACACCAGACCACUAUACUAUGAUGCUGAAGUGAUGUAGGCGUGAACUCCAGUGUCAACAGAUGGUAAUGAAGACAGAAAGUGUCCGUGAAGCAAGGCAAUGGCCCCAGAAUAGGAGGAAGUUUACCAGCUGCACUUCAGAGAGGGGCGGACAUCCAGGACUGGUAAGGAACUGCAGAUAAUUGUUUGAGCAGUUCUGAGGAGAGCAAAAAGGUCUGGAGGUGCGCAGCACAUUUUAAACCUGUUGCUUGGAAUGCAGUAUUCUAACAAAACUUUGCCAACACAGAUUAAUUUUUUAAAAGAAAGCAUUUUCUGAAAUAAAUUCCUUUGUUCAAACUAAAAUUUAUAAUCAUUUUUCUCUUUACCACAGCUAAACUGGCUCAAAUUCUCCACGUUUUUGUUGGUUUUGAGAGAGAAUCGUGUGUAGCCCAAGCUGGCUGCAAACUCAUGAUGUAUUUUGAACAUCUGAUCCUUGCCUCUGUUGGGGUUACAGACAUGUGCCAUCACAGGGUGUUAUGGAGUGGCUGGAUUGAACCCAGGAGGCAAGCUCUCAAUCAACUGAGCGACACCAGCCCCCUCUACACUAGUCUAUUUUUUUAAUAAUCAUUUUUCAUUUGGUAUGGAUGUGCACAUCUUUAAUCCUAGCACCCAGGAAAUAGAGGCAGGUGAAUCUCUGUGGGUUGCAGACCAGCCUGGUCUACAGAGUGAAGGAAGGAAGAAAGGAAGGGAGGGAGGGAAUGAGGGAGGGAGGGAAGGAAGGAGGGACGGAGGGAGGGAUUAUUUUCCUGGGGGGCGUGUUUUUAUUUGUUUGUAACAUAUUCUCACUAUGCAGCCAACCCGUUCUGAAAUUUAUAACCACACCGCUUCACCCUCCUCAUGUUGUGAUUACAAAAAUGGGUCACUGUGCCUCGUUCUACUAUUUUUUAAAUAACAACUUGUCAAAUCAAUUACCCUUCUGCUUCUUAUACAGCUUUAUUGAGCUUUAGUUCACAUAACUUGUAAUUCCAAGAUUUCCAAUACACAACUGGAUGUUUUUGAGUCUCUUGAUAAAAUCAUAUAUCAUCACUACAAUCGACUUUAGAAUAUUUCCACUGCCUUCACACAGAAACUUAACCAUCAUUCCUUCUCAUCCACCCUGGUUGUAGGGUUUCUAUCGCUGUGAAGAGGCACCAUGACCACAGCAACUCUUAUAAAGGAAAGCAUUUAACUGGGGCUGGCUUAUAGUUUCAGGGGUUUAGUUCAUUAUCUUCAUGGUGAGAAGCAUGGAGGUGUGUAAGCAGAUAUGGUAGAUGCUGGAGAAGGAGCUGAGAGUUCUAUAUACAGAGCAGCGGGCAGCAGAAAGACAAUUCCACACUGGGCCUGGCUUGAGCAUCUAAGACCUCAGGUCAGGCCCUAGUUCCUCCAACAACACUACACCUACUUCAACAAGGCCACACCUCCUAAUAGUGCUGCUCUCUAUGAGCCUAUGGGGCAAUUUUCUUCAAACCACCACAAUCCUUAACCCCAAAGUGACCACCGAGCUGCUUCUGUCUUUGUGGAUUUACUCAUGUUUGGACAUUUUAUAAAACUAGAAUUCAUAAUAUAUGGUCUUUUGUGAUACUUUUUUUCCUUGUAAGUACUGUUCUUUCAAGACUGUUAUAUGUUAUUGCCCAUGUCAGUGCUCCACCCCACUCACUGCUGGGCGUUCUGUUGCAUAGACAUACUAUGAUUUUUUUUCACAUAUUAGCUGGCCUAACAGUUCCCACUUGCUACUGCUGUGACUGUCAGCGUUUCUGUAUGUGGUGGAUACAAAAUUCUGUGUCUCUUAGCUGUAUGAAGACGCCAGUUGAGUUUGAAUCUGACUUUACCCAGUUUUCCUGGUUAACACUCCAGCAUUAUGUUCCCCCUUACAAAAGACAGAAAGGGAGGAAGAAAAGAGGAAGUGGAAGAAGGAAGAGAAGUUGUGUCCAUCCAUUUGUCCUGCUGAAGUUCCUGAGUACAUGACAGAUACAAGAAGGCUGGGGUUGAAAUGACAGCAUCAAAGCAAUUGGGUCAGAAUCUCCUACGAAGGGAAAGCUUUAUGAGAAGAAGAAAAUCUGGGUUGGCAAGGCAGCUCAUGGGCCACGCUGGAGGGGAGCGUGGUCCUAAACCUGAUGACCUGAAUUCACUCUUCAGAGCCAACAUGGUAGAAGGAGAGCACCAACUCCCAGAAGUGAUGUGUGCGCGCACACAAUCACAUCAAAUCAGAAAAGAAAAGAAAAUCUAAGCUGACUCUACAUUUGACAAGCUGAAGAAGAGGGGCCCACAGCAUAAUCAUGGUCUGGUGAAUGGGUUGCAAAACAGCUUGCUUAAAGAGUAAGAGGCAGUAGGCAAAACGAGGAUGAGACACCCCCACCCCUAACUCUGAGAAUCACAUAAUUAAAGGCACAGAACCACAAACUCAAAGACUUAAACACCAAUUUUGUAUAAUGUUAGGAAAUCAUUGAGAGUGAGGUUUAGAGGCAUCAGUCCCAUGACUAGACUGAAUGGGCAGGAUGAUUGGCAGUUAGGAUGGACCUAUAUGGGGAAAUUUUGCCACAGCAAGCCCUAUCUCCAGGGCUGUUGUGACAAUUCUGGGUUGAGGUAAAAGCACUGAAGAUAGCCAGCUGGCACAGUCACUGGCUUAGAUAUUGAUUUAGUGGGCAAAAGCCACAUUCAUCACGGGGCUGGUUCCCUAAAGGACCCACAUCUAUGAGCAGGGGACUCAUCAUUUCUCUAUUACAUAAGGAGAUUUGUCACUCGGUGUUGAAACUGAUGCCAAGGGUUCUCUGCUAAUCAAGCUAGAAUCACAGGUUGGAGGACAGGGUGGGCCCUCUGCCAGCUAGGCAAGGAGUUGGACCCAGAGGCACAGGAUAUUGCAGUCAAACAUGCCAUCCCUGCUCUGGGAAUCCAGGCAAAGCCGGGAGAGGCCUGUCAGUGCCUUUCAGCUGUGUCUGGAGCUUCCAUGGACAUCUCCUGAAAUCACACCUGUCAAGGCUCUUUCCGGCUGACCAGGCAAGUGGAGUUCAGUCCCAGAGGUUGCUAUCUGCAGCGGCUGGCUGGGGAACAGUCAGCUGAGGUGACUCCUGCAGGAAUCUGAGGGGAGACAAAGGCUUGGGAAGAGAACAGUUGGCAAUAACAGUAGUUUGCGGUGGUGAUGGUUGGCGAUUGGAUAAAGCUCCCACUGUGCUCCACAGUGAACCAGGGUGCUCAGGGCUCUCAGUGGAUAAGCCGUUUCCUCCUUAAACCACAAGUAGCCAUCCAAGCCUGGAGGCGGCGGUGGAGUGGAUUUCUCCCCACCUGUGCACAUCAAAGAGAGCAUGGGGUCCUCUACCCAUACACCGGAGCAGCAGUCUCUAAGAUACAAGCCUCCAUUACCCCUGGCUAGUCAUAACCCACAUCCCAAGACAGGUGCCGCUCAGCAUUCCACACCUCUCCAGCCCCCAGUGCAUCUGUGCCUCUACACUGGGUGGAGGGAUCCUAGCUUCACGGCUGUUCAGUGAGGGGUCCACCUUAAGUACCACCAAGCUUCAAGGACCACUUUGAGGAGAUCUUAGCUUGGCAUUUUCCUAUGGUGGAGGCUAGCGAGCCUGGCCUUGGGCUGGGAGCAAGACGGAGGCAGCUCAGUGUUUUUGCCAGAGUUCUUGCAGACACCUGGAGUGUCUAAGAAGUCACCAUCAGUAUUUUUCUUCCCUGUUAUCUAUAUCAUAUCGUUAUCAGGAUCCGAUUCGCGGCCAACAAAAGAGGGAAGGGGGUUAAAAAAAGAGACUAGCUACCCAGAGAGGGCAGUAUUAUCUGUCUAUAUCGAGAGCGUUCCUUGCUGCACAACUUUAUGACCUCAACCAGACUGGGUUCUGCCGGGCAGGGAAGGACUGGCGACUGUGUGCACCACUCACUAUCUUUCCCCUCCGAUAUAGGGCGGAGUAGGCUUCCCUAGGGCGUUCCAAAGCACACCGUUUCUCCUAGCGAGUUUCUUCUACCCUCCUCUCCCUCCACUGUACCCGCGGUAUAUCCAGACUCUCGUCCCUCGGGAGGGUGAGCUAGGGUAGCAGAGAAGCCCCAGCAGUGUCAGGCCUAUGAUCCUCCGGCUCUGGUGGCCCCAAGUCCCCCACCUGCGCGUGACUCCUCCUCCCGUCUCAGUUCCGCAGCGUCCGCACCCUGGCGACACUCUGUUUCGGCCACCGCACCUGCGUCAGGGUGGAGUAGGGGACAAUCUGGAGGUAGAAGGGGAAACAGGGAGGGUCUGGGGAGCACCACGUUAUCGGGUGAGCAACCUCGCCCGGGGUGGCGGAGCCCCCGCAGCCUAGAGCCUCCCACCCGAGUCUGCGGCACUGAUGCGCUGUCCGCGGUGCUGACGCCGGCCGGCCGCUCGGUCGGGAGGAGGAGCAGACGCCCUGGUUCCCUUGGUGCCCAGAGUCUGUCCUCGGUUCCCAAACCGUGUCUUUUACCCGAGAGGACUUUGCCGGAGUCCGGGCGCUGCGGUUGGAUUCAGGAACAAAAGAGUGAGCAAAGGGAACUUAAACUUCAGGCUGGAGCCCGAGAAUCGGAAGUCGGGUUUGACUCUCGAUAGCCCCCGCAGCCCCUGAGACCUCAAAGCGCCAAGUUGAGCAAAGUUUCCCAGUGGCUUGAGGAAGGAAGAGAUUCCGGAGCCCAAGCUCAGGGAAGGAAGGACGCGGUUGUCUAGCGCGCUGACAGCCAGCGCCGCAGUGGGACACCUGCUCCGGUGGGACGCGCUGGUGCCGCCAGAACGACCCGGAGGCGUCGCAGCAGCCCAACUCUCCACCCCUUCCUUCCUUCCCUACUCACCCCUCCCCAACACCCCGCCCCGUGCUCCGGUGACUCCGCCUUUCCGUGCCGGGUAGCUCUUCGGUGGUAGCAAGGAAGGGAAAGGACCGCUUUCCCGGAGGACUCGGCUCGGCUUUGAGGCUCCCAACCCGAUACCGCCAGCUCAGUCCCAGCGGUGGAACAGGAUCGCCUGCCAGGCUGCGCCUAGGCGCCACCGAGCCCCAGCAACCUCAUGGGACGCUCCAGAGGACUCUCUCUGUGCCCUGCCACCGUGUUCCAAUCCUAGGCGUCCAGACUCCACGGCUCAACCUGUCCGCAACCCCAAGGCCUGUCCGGAGAGGAGUAUGCGGCCCGGGGCCCCGUGGACUCCGGCCACCGGGCGGCACUGGCCUAGCUUCGGAGUCCAGAGCCCGAGGGCAGCAAGUGAUGAUCCGCGGGUGGCUGUAAGGCGUCGGGGAGCGGAGAGAAGCGCUCCAACUCGGGUGCCCGCUGGGCCGCACGACCCGCGGUGUGUGGCCUGAACGCCCGGCAGGAGGCGGAGGCUCCCUGCCGUCCCGGUUCCAGGGAGGCUGCAGAGGGGCUCCGCGGCGGCCCCAAACCUCUGGCCACCAUCCUCACGCUUCUGCUCCUACGGCGGGGAUGUCACGGCCCCGGCUCCGAGCGCCGCCCCAGCCCCGGGGUUGAGCUGCGGACCAUGUCCUCCCGCAGCCCCCGGCCCCCGCCCCGCCGCUGCCGCCGCCGCCUGCCGCGCCCCUCCUGCUGCUGCUGCUGCUGCCGCCGCUCACACCUCAACGAGGACACCGGGCGCUUCGUUCUGCUGGCCGCGCUCAUCGGCCUCUACCUGGUGGCGGGUGCCACCGUCUUCUCGGCGCUCGAGAGCCCGGGCGAGGCGGAGGCGCGGGCGCGCUGGGGCGCCACGCUGCGCAACUUCAGCGCGGCGCACGGCGUGGCAGAACCGGAGCUGCGCGCCUUCCUCCGGCACUACGAGGCCGCACUGGCCGCCGGGGUCCGUGCCGACGCCCUGCGCCCGCGCUGGGACUUCCCCGGAGCCUUCUACUUCGUGGGCACCGUGGUGUCGACCAUAGGUUUCGGCAUGACCACCCCAGCCACAGUGGGUGGGAAGGCCUUCCUCAUCGCAUAUGGACUGUUUGGCUGUGCGGGGACCAUCCUGUUCUUCAACCUCUUUUUGGAGCGCAUCAUCUCUCUGCUGGCCUUCAUCAUGCGCGCCUGCCGAGAGCGCCAACUGCGCCGCAGCGGCCUGCUGCCCCCCACCUUCCGUCGAGGCUCGGCACUAUCGGAGGCCGACAGCCUGGCGGGCUGGAAGCCCUCGGUGUACCACGUGCUGCUCAUCCUGGGCCUCUUCGCCGUGCUGCUAGCAUGCUGCGCCUCGGCCAUGUACACCAGCGUGGAGGGCUGGGACUACGUGGACUCGCUCUACUUCUGCUUCGUCACCUUCAGCACCAUUGGCUUCGGGGACCUGGUGAGCAGCCAGCACGCCGCCUACCGGAACCAGGGGCUCUACCGCCUGGGCAACUUUCUCUUCAUCCUGCUCGGCGUGUGCUGCAUCUACUCGCUCUUCAACGUCAUCUCCAUCCUCAUCAAGCAGGUGCUCAACUGGAUGCUGCGCAAGCUGAGCUGCCGCUGCUGCACGCGCUGCUGUCCGGUGCCCGGCGCGCCCCUGUCACGGCGCAAUGCCAUCACCCCGGGUUCCCGGCUGCGCCGCCGCCUGGCCGCGCUAGGUGCCGACCCCGCGACCCGCGACAGCGACGCCGAGGGCCGCCGCCUGUCGGGCGAGCUCAUCUCCAUGCGCGACCUCACAGCGUCCAACAAGGUGUCGCUGGCGCUGCUGCAGAAGCAGCUGUCCGAGACGGCCAACGGCUACCCGCGCAGCGUGUGCGUCAACACACGCCAGAACGGCUUCUCGGGCGGCGUGGGCGCGCUGGGCAUCAUGAACAACCGGCUGGCAGAGACCAGCGCCUCCAGGUAGAGCGGCCGCCCGCCCCCAGCGCCGCGGACCCUGCUUGGACUGCGCGCGGUAGGGCGGGUUUGCUUCAGUUCUUCUCUCCGAGAUGGCGCUUUCUUAAUCUUUAUCCAAUAAAAACGAAACAAAAAAAAAACAUAAAAAACAAAAAAUGUUUUCUAAAGAAAUACUAUUUGGCCAGGCCUGACGUUAUCAAGGGCAAGUUUAAGAUGAGACUGUGAUCUUUUGAGUCCCCUCUUGGAGAAUCGUGGCCGCCAACAGAUUUCUCUUCCUGGAAAAGAGAAAACGUGGCACCCCAAAUCUACCCCCCUCCCCGUGCCAGUGAAUUCCUGGGCUUUGCAGACAGGCACCAAAGCCUUCCCCAUGCGCAUAAGCAGCUGGCAACCCCGAAGCAUAUGGUGCCGCCUUUCAUGGCUCUGAAUUACCUCCUCAGCCUUUAGAAUCCUGGCCCGGCCUAGCAGCUUCCUUCUGGUCGUCAGAAGUGAUAUAGUCACAGUUUUGACAGGUGGGGGUAGGGAGCGCCAUAUGUUGCCUUCCCGUGUAUAUAUAUAUAGAACAGCCACUACACACCGGGAACGGUGUAGUAUUAUGCAAUGAGAGGAAACAGCACCAACCAGCGGUCGGUGGCAUCUCCCCCCACACUUGGAAAUUGCAAGUGGUGAGGGGCUUAGCUGGCCUUUUUCAGCCCGCAGCUAGUCCACUUCGUGAGUUCUUCUUGUGUAAACUCAGAGGGACCUGUAGGAGGAGGCGCUCUCUGACUGGGAGUCCUGCUCUGUGCUUCGGGGAGAUCUCGGAAAUGAGCCCCCCGACCUUUUCAGUCACAAGCUUCACGCACCGCACCGGUAGGGCCGCUUCCUGUUACUAAUCAGGACUGGUUGUUUCGUCUCAGAUAAGAUUUUGUCAUUGUUGUCUUCUUAACUAUUGUUGGCCAGCUCAACUCUUUUCCCCUUUUUAGAAAGCCUAGAGGUGCAGCGCACAGCCCCCAUCCACCUCCUUUCUGAUUCAGGGCUCUGCCCUCUACCCCCACAGGGGAGGAGGGCACUACAGCACCAGAAGCCAAAAGAGCCAUAUUGCAAAUGUCAGGCCAUUAAACUUCUGUGCCUACCACAUAGUGUUUAGGGGCAGGCACAAUGAGAUCACAUUCUGAGCCCUGUGUGGUCUCCAAAUAACCAGGUGGGUCUAUUUUUCUCUGCACACUCUACACUGGAGGUGGAGGAGGCAGGAGGGAUGGAGAUACCAGAACCUAUGGAUGGGAGGGGUAGUGGGAUAAAAGUGAUGUUCUGAAGAAUGGUCCUCAGGCUGAAGGACAGAACCUCCCAGACUCCUGCUCUGCAGAGGGAAGUCCAGACACCCAAGGCUUCAUUGAAAUGGCAGAAUUUGAAAGCUGUGAAGGAACACACCUCUGCCUUUUUCUCAUCUUAAGAAAUGUCAACAUUUAAGAAAAGUGUUCGUUCAUGGUGUGACCCAAUAUACAACACUUCUGGUAGGAAUUUUUGCAAGCGUUAUCACCUGAAUACUAUCUGUCUCCCUGGCAGAUGUGCCUAGAGUGUGUGUGCACAUAUGCAUACACAUACGCUCACACACACAUAACAUUAAAAACCAUAUUUGAAUGCUGAACUCUUCUUUCCCCUUCCAUUUUCAGCUAGAAAAAAAAAAAAAAAAACCAGGGCACAGGAGUUUAGUUUGGGUAAUUUGUAGUCUGGUUUGGGGUUGGUCUCUAAACAUGGGCUUUAUUCUGGUGUAAAAAACCAGUGAGGUAAGACUGGCUGAAGAGAGGCAGUCUUACUAAAUCUUCAAGGGGGAAACCCCUCCAGAAGUCAUACUUCCAGGAUCUACUGUGACUGUCCAUCAGAACCAGCCCAUAAGCUAACAUCUGAAUAAUGGCUUUGGUCCCAGGAAGUAACUACACACUCUUAAGAGACUUAAGUCUCCAGUAUAGAGCUUCUGACAGGACCUGGACGUAAGGCACCAGGCUCAUCCCUUUAAAAAAGAAACAGAUUAAAAAGCAUUCAAUUAGAGAUGUCACCUAGGCAACGGGAAAUAACUUGGGGAGCUGAGCCAUCCAGAGGGGGAUGUAGAGAUUCCCGUGGCAGAGUCAUCUGGACGAGACAAAAUAGCAGUUUGCCCAUUGGGAGGGAGCUUGGCAGCAGCACAGUGGGACUAAGGCUCGGUCACCAAGUCAUCAUGUGGUAAGAUAUCCAAACCACCCUUCUGACAAAUGCAUAGCACUGCACGGAAUCCUGCCUCCUUGGGAGCAGGGGAACAACCACCAGGAUCCUCCUCCAGGGGAGAGAACACCAAGCACUCCUUAGCAGCCUCUUCUGUCACCAUGCUUCUGAGGCAUCCCUGAGUUGCCUACACCGCACAGCCUUAGCGGUUUUCAGUUCCUUUUUUAUGCAUCAUUUGUUUUGGAAGAAAGCAAUCGGCUACGGUUAGAGCAAAGCCUCUCAAUGAAGCAUAGGCACGGUUGGAGGGGGCAGGGAAAGGAAGCCCCCUCUUUCCCUUCCUUCUCAUGACAUCCCAGAGAAACGUCUGUCCUCCAAGUAUCUCGGGAUCCAGUGACACAUGUACAUUGUUGCCCCUGUCCCUCUGGGCCCCAUCACACAACACCAGUCUCAGUCCCACUAUGUGGUAUGACAUCGCAUCAUUUUCCUCUGCCCAGACCAAAGGAUUCAGUGGCCCAGAUGCCUGGGGGCUCCUGAAAAGCUGGGGUUCCCCGGGUCAGGGGACUUGAUGGAGCAAUAGAGUUAUGUGGUGUGACCUCUUAUUUAAGAGAACUCGGAAAAGCAAGAAUAUAGGCUCUCCUAUCGUUUAGAAACAAUGACAUUGAUAAGAACCCCUUUCCUAAGAAGGGCUCCAUGUCCUUAGAUGGCAACAUCUCUUCCAUGGUCUAGUUUGACCCAUGACUGGCAGCUCACCAAUGUUCUCAACUCCUGUGGGCUGCCGCUCACCUGCCUAACUUCAGGUCCACAUUCACAGGGUCCUACUGGGUUGUGGGUUCCUGUAAUGACACGGUAGGGUUCCCAUCAUCGUUUGUCUUCUCCUUGUGGCCACACAGAACACAGAAGCCAGGGGCUGAGCCCCAGGCCCUCUUAAAGUUGAGUAGAUAAAGAAGCCACUGUCCAUGUCAUUGUUCACUAAAGCCACAUAGUCAGCCCCUGUGUCUUCCGAAUGAAGCCCAAGGUCCUGAUGGGGUGGUCUAAGGGCUAGGCAGCCUCAGGCCUUCAGCCCUUGAGCAGCAAACAGGGAGCCCUGGCCAUUGCAUGCCAUGCACAGGUGUAUCCAUGCACAGCAGCCUUACAAACAGCCACUAGCCCUUUCCUCAAGGGACCUCCCCAGGUGGGGCCACUUGAAGAGACCUCCUUGGGUGUUGUUCCUCUCUGUGUCAGGGAGUUUUGUGUACAGUGUACAGUGUUUAUGUGUUACACAGAAGCCAGCAUCCCACCCCAAGCCCACCUCUAAAAAUAGCUGGUCACCAAGACUCCCAGCAGGCUCCUCUUCCUACAGGUUCUAGAGUGAGGGUACCUGUGCCCUUAUUAACAGAGGAGAUGUUUCUGGGGGACUGAUACCAACAGCACCCCAUCUUGUCUGCCACCAUAGGGCCUGUAGGCCAUCUGGGUCUAUCUUAGUGUAGCCUUUUACAUUCUUAGGGAAAAAGAAAAGCACAAAUCUCUAUCAGUGUCUGGGAGGCCCUGCCACGCAGCAGCUCGGGGCACUGCAGCAUCCAGAAGAGAUGCUGGGCUUGUCUGUCUAUCGCUAGGGUUGUUGGGUGACCCUGAAGUCUCCUCCUGUAGAGUGGGAAGGACCUUCUGAAGCCAUUCCUGGCCCCACAGACAUGUGGCCUGAACCUGGUGACCCUGGAGAAGCCCUGGCACCAGCAGGCAUCCUGCCGUGUGAUGUCACCUAAUGCAGAGCAAAGCCAGCCUCACUGUGCACUGAGGAGAAGCGAUGGCCUUUCUACACCAACCUGACCAGAGACACCCCCCCCCCGUCCCUCCUCCCAAAGAAGCUGGCCCUGGCUUUACAGCUCAUUCCUUAUGCUGUGUUCUCUGGGGAGGGGUUCCAGCAUGCAGGUGAGCCUACAGCACUUGGAAACAACACUUUCUCCUCUGAGCAGCACUUUGCUGAGAGAACACUAAAGGGUAUUUAAAUUAUUGAUGAAUAAAAAGCA